GCGCGUCAACACACAGUAAUUAUAAACAAACGCGGCUUUUUAAACAAGCUAUCGGGUGAAUAGCAGAAUCGUCUGAAUGUUUAACGCCUUAAAAUGCAUUUUUAUGACACAUUCAAAGCUUGUCGGUGUUUCUUUGUUAUGAAUAUGGCGACUUAUGCUAACAGCUAGCUGAGAUCCCGUUGAAAUGAAUGAGAGAUGAGGAUGUAAACAACCUGUUCAGUGAUGAUACAGUACUGCUGUCGCUGGAAAUACUCGGGUGGCAGACUGAAGCUGUGAAUAUGAGUGAUGAUAAACCGUUCCUCUGCACUGCUCCUGGCUGCGGACAGCGAUUCACAAAUGAAGACCACCUGGCGGUGCAUAAACACAAGCAUGAGAUGACCCUGAGAUUUGGUCCAGCACGCAAUGAGAGUGUCAUCAUCGCUGACCAGACCCCGACACCGACCCGUUUCCUGAAGAACUGCGAGGAGGUCGGGCUGUUUAACGAGCUUACCAGCCCCUUUGAGCAUGACUUUAAAAAGGCCACGGAGGAUGACAUCAAAAAGUUGCCCCUGGACUUGUCUCCCCUUGCGACUCCUGUUGUUCGAAACAAAAUAGAGGAGCACACACCCACUGAGUCCCACCGAGACAGCCCCCUUCCCCACCCCGAGUCAACAACCACUGACGACAAGGAGGUUUGUUUGCAGCCGACCUCUCUUCCUCCGUCCACUAUAGUCCGUCCUGCCUCCCUCCAAGUCCCCAGUGUACUUCUGGCCAGCAAUGUUAUUCAGCAAGCUCUCCCAUCUCCAACAUCUAGCUCUGUUAUAACCCAGCUCCCAUCCUCUAGUAGACCAAUAGUUCCGGUGUCCGGCACGUUUCCGGUUCUCCUGCAGCUGUCGAACGGUCAGACGAUGCCGGUCGCCAUCCCAGCCACCAUCUCCAGCAGCGUGCACAUACCCACUGCCAUCCCUCUGGUCAGACCAGUCACCGUAGUGCCUAGUGUCCCUGGAAUCCCUGGCCCCUCCUCUCCACAGCCUGUCCAAUCAGAAGCCAAGAUGAAGCUGAAGGCGGCCCUCAGUCAGCAGCUCCCUCAGGUAAGCAGCGGCGAUACAGGUGACAUCCAGAGCAGCUCGGCCAGCGAGACUCCGCCCCCGGCCCCGCCUCCAGCCGAGGAGCCCCGCCCACAGUCACUCCAGCAGCCGGCUACAUCCACGACAGAAACGCCUGUGUCUCCGUCCCAGCACACCUCCAGCACCGGCGGGCGGCGGCGGAGGACCCCCAGCGAGGACCCAGACGAGAAGAGGCGCAAGUUUCUGGAGAGAAACCGAGCGGCUGCGUCUCGCUGCAGGCAAAAGAGGAAAGUCUGGGUGCAGAAUCUGGAGAAAAAAGCAGAAGACUUGAGCAGCGUGAACGGACAGCUACAGAAUGAGGUGACUCUUCUGCGUAGCGAGGUGUCCCAGCUGAAGCAGCUCUUACUGGCUCACAGAGACUGUCCCGUGACGCUCCUGCAGAAGAAAUCAGGGAACCACCAGCUGGAGAAGGAGGACAGCGGCGGGGAGAUGUCUGUUCCCAGCAGCCCACAGAACGAGGCCAUCCAGCACAGCUCCAUCAGCACAUCCAACGGCCUCCGCUCGCUCGCCUCGGGCCCCGCCGCAGACCACAGCACAGAGGAGGAAGACGACUCCUCGCACGCCCAGUCUUCAGGAAGCUGAUCCGGCCUCUGAUUGGUCGCGUUGAUCGCCGGCAGCCAUGAUGAAACGAGGAGGAAGAGAGACGAGAGAUCCCUCUGUUCUCGAUCAAGAGUUGUGAGGUUGUGCAGAAACUCUAGUGAUUGUGUCAUGGUUUCUCCAUCUGUGGUGUGUUUGUUGAGGAUCGGGACAGAGCGCUUCACGAGUGUCCGGAUCCGUAGCGAGAGGACCGAGACUUACCGAAGCACCAUCAGAGGCUCGAAGAUGGAAGAACUGGCCACUUUAUAAUUUAUUAGCCUUUUAUAUUUUGCACACGAAGGGAGGGAAAUGUGUUGUUGUUGUUUUGAAGCAGUUCCAGCUUUAAGACAAAUCUAGAUGUGUGUGAAUGUUUCAGACGGAUCCUGGCAUGGUAAAGGAAGACUUCUGACAUGAAUGAUUGUUCAUGUUGUGAUAUGUGCCAUUUAUUUGGUAGCAGGUUAUUGAAAUUACAAUAACACACUUCUUCAGUUCAAUUAGAAUGAGGUUUAGGUGAAAUCGACUUGCCUGAGAGCUUUUCAUGGACUAAUUUUGAUAAGAACCGUAAUGCUUUUUUAUAAGUGUGUUUUUCUGCUUAACUUGCUUUGUAUCUGUGGUGUCUGACUCUUAGAAACAUUGAGAAAAGAUCACGAGUUCAUUUCUUUGUGAUUACAGUGUAAUUAAGGAAGCAUUGUAUAUGACAUUAUGAUGAAAUCAUUGUAUGUGAUCUCUUCUUGGACAAUCACUUGAACAAACCUUUACAUAAGGCUUUCUCUGUUUUCAGCAGUCCUGUCUCUAGCAUUAAACUGAAACGGAUGACCAAAAUAAAACACUAGUAAGUUAUACUAUUAAGUUACGUCACUUAGUGACAAUUACUAAGUAAGAAAAUAGAUGAAGUCUUUCGUUAUCAUCCUCUUCUCUCUAUUGGUUCACUACUGUGUAGUUCUGCAAGACUUUAAGUCAACUUGAUUUUAGUUUCAAAGGUGGAUUUGUCUUGCCGGUCGUUCUGCAUGCAUGACUGAAUUCUCUUGAGAGAGUUUGAGCGGUGUUUCAACCAUGUCUCUGUUGCAGUUGAACAUCUUGUUACUCUUAGAUUUCCAUGCAGGAAAGGGCAGCUUUACGAUUGGGGUUUUGUUCUUAUUUACUAGGUCCACUUUGGAGAAAAAAGGAUGUGAUAAUUAUUGUGUUGACGGUCAACUUGUGAAAGUUAUGUAUAAAUGAUAAUAAAUGAAAUGUUGUAAUAACUCUUUUAA